CCGAGCAAACAAUUGCAUAGCUACCGGUGCGGCUGCAACCCCCCCAAUAAGAAGUAGAAGAAGAAAGCCUUCACUUGCAUCAUUCUGACCGGAAAACAAUGGCAGGGAAAUUGAGCCAUGUAGCGUCUCGGAUCAUGGGCGGAAACGGCGUCGUUUCUCGCUCCAUCGCCUCUUCUCUCCGGCUCCGCUCCGGCAUGGGCCUCCCCGUCGGCAAACACAUCGUCCCCGACAAACCCCUUCCAGUAAACGACGAGCUGGUUUGGGACAACGGCACUUCAUUCCCGGAACCUUGUAUAGAUCGCAUCGCCGACACAGUCGGGAAGUAUGAAGCUUUGGCUUGGUUGUGCGGGGGUUUGAGUUUUUUCGCUUCUCUUGGAUUGCUGGCUGUCUGGAAUGACAAAGCCUCUAAGACACCUUUUGCUCCAAAGGUCUAUCCUUACGACAAUCUUCGAGUAGAGCUCGGCGGUGAACCUUAGGCAUGUCUGGGGGUGGCCGCUGUUAGUGACAAGACAUUGUUAUUUGACUACUAGUCGUCCUGUUUAUUUCUUCUCUUUUUGGGGAAAAUUCAGGAUACUGAGUAAUAAUGUAUUCACGUUUAUUUGGCUGCUGGUGUUGCUUGAAGAACACUAUAAGGUGGUUGUCAUGAUCAAAUCACAGUCCCAUGUUUGCUAGCUCUGGCUGGCUGAUGUAUUGUUGCA